AUGCCUAGAAAACGUAAACUAGAAACAAAAGAUUCUAACACCCAGAAAUCUUUACCUGUAGAAGUUGUAAUAGAAGACGUAACUACACAUCCUUUAUGUUUGCACGGGCCGACGUUGUUAUUCUCUACUGAAAAAGGCCGAUAUUUCGCUUGUGCCUCGUGUAGGAAUAAGGAAUGCACCGUACACAUAGAUGAGGAAGAUUGGAAGAAGGAAAGUGUGAGGAAACGUAAUGAGAAGUACUACAGUUUAAUUCCGAAGAUUGAUAAGGCUGCAGCAUGGAGCAACUUUGUUGAGGUGAAAGCCCGUCACUAUGUAGACAGAGCAUUCUGUAGUACUUGUGAAGAUCUCUACCUAGUGUCUAAACCUUCCAAGAAACAUGCAAAGGAGCACAGGAUCAUCACUCCACUAACAGAUGAGCAGCUUGCACGACCCACUACUUGGUUGCCAAUGUUGGAGAAUGAUUCCGUUGAAGCACAAUACAUGUUCACAAAGAAAUCAGUCACCACUGUCUUUGGAAUACUUAAGAAUAAUAAUAUAAGCAACAUCCUCUGUAUCGGAACACCCUCCAUCCACGAGGAAGCUGAAUCCCGAUCAGACUUCAACUCCAUCCUAAUGGACUAUGACAAGAGACACUGCAAUUUUUAUCCACCGAACAAGUUCAUCUGGUAUAACAUGUUCAACAACUACAUGUUCAAUGGCAAUGAGGAUGAGAAGGUGCUUAAAAAAUUCUUCAAGAAGUCCAAAGAGGGAGGCAUCUGUAUAGUAAUGGACCCUCCAUUCGGUGGACGAGUUGAACCUUUAGUCCAAACUUUGAAGGAGCUGACAGAAACCUAUAAGAAUGUCUGCGACAAGCCCGAUGAAGGUCUACUGUCAGUCUUAUGGGCCUUCCCUUACUUCUCUGAGCCAUACAUCACCAAUAUGGCACCAGAGAUCAAAAUGCAUGAUUAUCAGAUUGAAUACACAAACCACAAGAAAUUCAUAAACAAGAUGAAGGACGGUAGGAAAUUCGUGUCACCAAUCAGAUUCUUUACAAACAUGCCACUACGGACCAUUGACCUAUCUAACGACAGUAACUAUAAGAUGUGUAAUAAAUGUAAAUUCUAUGUCGCAUCUUCAAAUAACCACUGUCACAAGUGUGGUUCAUGUACAAGUAAGAAUGGAAUGACAUACAAACAUUGUGAUGUCUGCAAGAGGUGUGUGAAGCCCACUUUCUUACAUUGCAAAGAGUGUGAGAUGUGUUGCCAGGAACGGAAUCAUGUGUGCGGUGUUGUUGUUGAAAGCCAGUCGUGCUUCAACUGCAAACAGAAAGGACACAAGCAGUCAGACUGCCCGCAGCUACAGGUACAAAAUAAGAAGAAACGAAAAAGUGCAUGA